CGGGUUCUGUCCACGGGGAUGCAAUAAUCCCCGACGUGACAACGGUUAUUUGAGCGCUGCUUCACUCAGUAAUCUGUGCAGACCCCGCAGGAGAGCCAGUCACAGCUCUUUACCGUGCAGAGCAUCUCGAAAUCCCCGCUGCAGACAUGGGGCGCCAGGAGGGCGACUACGCGUGGAAGAAGAACACGGAAAACAUCCAGGAGAUUUUUGAAUUCAUAGAAGAGUUGGGAUCAGGCGCGUUCUCUGAGGUCUACAUGGUGAGAGAGCGUAAGACCGGAAAGAUGUUCGCCAUGAAGUGUGUGAAGAAGAAAAAGAAGAGGGACAUCAACCUGGAGAACGAGAUUGAUGUGCUGAGAAAAAUCCAACAUGACAAUGUUAUAGGGAUGGAAGAUUUCUAUGAAAGUCGGACGCAUUACUACCUCAUCAUGCAUCUGGUUUCGGGCGGUGAGCUGUUCGACCGCAUUCUGGACCGUGGCGUUUAUUCAGAGAAGGACGCCAGCAGGGUGAUCCAGCAGGUCCUGGAAGCCGUCAGCUACCUGCAUCAAAACGGCAUCGUGCAUCGAGACCUCAAGCCAGAGAACAUCCUCUAUUACAGCCAGGACGAAGACUCCAAGAUCAUGAUCAGUGACUUCGGCCUGUCAAAGAUGGCCGAGAACGGCAUCAUGUCCACGGCGUGCGGCACCCCAGGUUACGUAGCUCCUGAAGUUUUAGCACAGAAGCCCUACAGCAAGGCAGUCGACUGCUGGUCCAUUGGCGUUAUCACAUACAUCCUACUCUGUGGUUAUCCUCCUUUUUAUGAAGAAAGUGAGACAAGACUAUUUUCCAAGAUCAUGAAGGCUCAGUAUGAGUUUGACUCACCAUUUUGGGAUGACAUAUCUGAAUCUGCCAAGGAUUUCAUCCGUAACAUGAUGCAGAAGAACCCCAGCAUGCGCUACACCACAGAGCAAGCUCUCAGACACCCCUGGAUAAUCGGAAAGACAGCUCGGAGCCAAGACAUCUACUACUCCGUCAGCGCUCAGAUCCAGAAGAACUUCGCCCAGUCCAAGUGGAAGCAAGCCUUCAACGCCACUGUAGCCAUCAAUCACAUGAAGAAGCUGCAGCUGGCGCACUCAGAGCUGGCCCUUCGGCAGGCCAGCGUCCCAGACAUCAAAGUGAUCGACGUGUCUUCGCCAACAAAGAGCCGCAAACAUCAGGAUCCGGAAAAGCCAGAGACCAAGAAAGAAGACAUCAACGGGAACAUAAGCGAGACGCAGCACAUGUCUCUGCCCCCGAGCCACGUCGAUCUGAAGAACCACUUCCACCCACUGAAGGCCAGUCAGAGCCAGAACGCCGCGCAGCACGCGCCCAGCAUGGCCGAGCAGGGGAAGCACGUGUACCACUCAGAGCCCGCCAACCUGAACGGGUACGCUAAAAACCGGAAUGGGAAGACUUUACAGACCGGAGUUUGCUCUAUCAUGUGAAAGCUGGAUGAAGUUUUAAUGGGUUAAAACUUUUUUUGGUCAGUGCUGCUGUUCUGACUCGGUGUGAUGCCGUCUUGUGUCAGCAGUUCCUCUCUGCUCAGAGUCAGAGGAGGUUGACCCCCAGUGGACCCGACCGGUCCGUACCAUCAGUCUGUGGGGCUUCUUGUCGGAAAGAGUGCCAAUAAAAACUCAAACACUCACAUUAAACCCUCCAAACAUUUAUCUAAGACACACAUCCUCACAUUGCAGACAUUGAGUUUCAAAGGACAGAACGGUGGAUUGGAACAGAGAGUUCCUGAUCUUUUUAAGGAAAGUCGACUUGUUUGCAGCUUUUUUUUAAAGGAUCAUUUGAGAUCUGAAAAGCACAGACAGGAAGGAGACGACAACCUUCACAAACUUUUGUAAAUAAAUAAAAACCCACGUUGUAAAUAAAUCAUUUUAAAGAAGUGCUUCUAGUAAGCAACACUGAUGUAAAUUUAUGUCUUUAUUCUUCCUGUAAAUGCUUUUCUUUGUGUGCUCAAGCUAAUAAAUCUCAGUAUUUAUGAAUGUUGCAAGUAUGAUUAAAAAUUGCCAAUGCAUAGCUCUUGCAUGCCAUCUGUGAUUUAAAACCUAAAUGUUCAUUAACUGCUUAGUUAAAACACACUUUGUAAUGUGAUUUUUUUUAUUAUUUUAUUUUAUUUUAUUCAGUUUGGUGCAGUUUUAUUGAUCUUGUUUCCAGUAUAUUCUGAAGAAAUCUGGUUGGCUCAGAAAUAAAAGCUAAAUGUGAAAUUUAUGUCAUUCAUCUACUUGAACUCAAUAAAAUAUUCAUUUACCAAAAA